GCGCAACAAAAACUAUCGCGACGGAAGCAGAUGAUGAAGAUCCGGUUUAUGUGAUCUGUUUUGUUGUAUUUUAUUUUCCUGCAUGGUUGUCUGAAAUAUUUUAUUUCUACAGCGAUCACUGAGAAGCUCAAGAUGGCUUUAAAAUCUGGAGAAGAGCGUUUGAAAGAAAUGGAGGCGGAGAUGGCGCUCUUUGAGCAGGAGGUCUUGGGAGGACCUGUGGCCGUCUCUGCUGGUGCCCCAACGGUGGUUGAAGGUCUGCCAGUCGCCAUUGUUAGGCACAUCAUUGGUACAAACACUUACAGAGAGGUCCAGCAGAGUUUGGACGCCAGAGCUGCUACUUAUGUUGGUCCUCCACCAACUGCAUUUGUUGGCCCCGCCAUGCCGCCAGUGAAUGCACCUCCUAUGAUGCGUCCCGCAUUUGUCCCACACGUCCUGCAGAGACCAGUGGGUCAGAGAAUGCCUGUCAUGCGUGGUCCGCCUCCUCAGGGCAUGAUAGCACCUCCUCUACCUAGACCCCCACCACCUCCACCCAUGAUGAUGGCGCCGCCCAUGUCAGGACCACCUCAGCAUCACAUGGCUCCAAUCGGACCGCCCAUAGGACCCAUGCCACCAGUUGAAGGCAUGAACCCCAUGGCACCACCAGGACCACCGCGGCCUAUGGCUCAUGCACCUCCAAAAAUGACUCCUAGCGUAAUACAGGCAGCUCCUACGGUUUACACCGCACCUCCUACUCCCAAGAGAGCAGAUUUAAAAAGCCUAAAACAAGCCCGCAUGGAGGAGUUGUCAGCUCUGGUGGCAGAGCAACAGGCUGUAGUGAUGGCCGCUGGACUCCUUGAAGCAAAGAAGGAGAUGGCAUCAGAUGACAGCAUGAUGGGGCUGAGCAAGCCGGAACCUGAGCCAGUAUACACUGAGACUGCUGAUACCAGCACGGAAGAAAAAAAGAAAACUAAACAGGAGAAGAUGAAGAAAUGCAUCCGGGUUGCGGCUGGCGUCUCAUGGGAAGACACCAGCCUUUUAGACUGGGAAUCAGAUGAUUUCCGGAUAUUUUGUGGUGAUCUGGGAAAUGAAGUGAACGAUGAUAUCCUGGCAAGAGCAUUCAGUCGCUAUCCGUCCUUUCUGAAGGCGAAGGUGAUUCGAGACAAACGCACAGGGAAAACAAAGGGUUACGGCUUUGUGAGUUUUAAAGAUCCCAACGAUUACGUGCGUGCCAUGAGAGAGAUAAACGGGAAAUAUGUGGGUAGCAGACCUAUCAAACUGAGAAAGAGCUCAUGGAAGGAUCGUAACCUGGAGGUUGUACGUAAGAAACAAAAGGAGAAAAAGAAGUUGGGCCUGAGAUAAUCCAUCUGCAACAAAACUGUGGACUUCAUUUGUGCAACCAACCUGGAUAAAAUAUAACAGACUUGGAGUUAGUCACAGACCUGCAUAAUAACACUGUUGCAACAUCAACCGUAUGGCCUGAGAGACACAUUCAUGUAAUGUUAAUAUUAUGCACUGAACUCUCCCUCACUGCACGCUGUAAAGUCAUGCAUAUUAUUUCUCUUCUCCAAAAAAAGCAUUUUCAGAUGUAUACGGUAUGGUAACGAAACUGAUUUGGAUGUUGAAAAUGUUUUUUUAGUUUUCUUCCUCAUUUGUUAAACUCAUUUCAAAAACAGCAGACAUCAAUAUUCAGGAAGACCAUUUGAUUUUGUUGAGUUGAUGUUUUAUGUAAUAGAAAUAAAAAAAUGCUGAUAUUUUUAAUAAACGGACGAGUUGUGUAGUUUAAAACGUAA